AUGGCACCGGAUGGCGAUCUGGCAGAUCUCUUGGCCAAAGUGCUCCCCACCGGCGCCGUGCUGACUGUCCGCCAUGUUUCCUCAACUCCAGCCCCUUCGGCUGCUCUCUUUGCGGCUGCGCCCGGUCAGGACGCCGAGUCAACAUUCUGCGAAAAUCAUUUCUUGUCGGUCUCAAUUGAGUCCUCUGAGCAUGAUGGAGCAGAGAUCAUCGUAUUCGGAAUGGAGGUAUUGGUCUACAACUCGACCCACCUCACUACCAUCUUUGUUUCAAAGGCGGACUCCACCGGAUUCAUACAUCUAUUGAAACUACCACAGAAAGUUUCUGUUCUGAGACUCGUCUCAAAUACUUUUCUUUCAUAUUUGGCACGAUCUCACCAACGUCCAGGAGUUCGCCUGGUAGUGUCCUUGUUCGCUCGUGCUCAGGAUCAAUACCUAUUUCCGGGCAGCAUCGAAAAUGCCGAGAAGCACGUCCUAGAUGACCGAGGCCUAAUCAAGUGGUGGUGUCGAGCAUUGGAUCCCAUUCUCCGCGAAAAGGAGCCCGAGUCAGUCUCAAAAGACUCAAAAUCGCACGCGACGAUUGAAGCAGCCAAGGCAUCCGCCACUGCGUACCUGAUUGUCCCCGGAUGCGACCGUUUCGAGACACGCAACUUUUUCCCUGCAUCUGCAAAAUCCGAUCCUCAAGGUCAGCCGCGAUGGCUUGCCAGCUAUCCUCUUCAGCAAUUGUGUCGCGACCCAUCAGCGCCGCCGCGCUGUCUUGUUCCCCGGCUUCCGGAUGACCCCAAGACACGAUUCCUGAUUGACCUUGACGAUGAGCUCCCCGAGCCUGUCGAAGCGGAGAAUGCACCUCCUAGUACCGGCCAGUGGAAGAGUGUCAAAUCUCUCGAUCAGUUUUGGGAGAUGAUGUCGUUCCGUCAGGAGUGUUCUGCUGGUCGGCUGGUCGGGUUCCUGUGGCUUGUUAUCAAUCCGCCGGGUCUCAUGAAUUCUACCACCAUGGCUAGCCGGGCUGGCAACGUGUCCGGCUCAGGCACAGCAUCUUCAGUUGAACAGAGUUCCUUGCCUGCUGAGACCCAAUCACGGCAAGAUGCUAGCAAGUCGGAAACAAAAGAGAUUGCGGGUGCGACAAAGGCGAGCGCUGAAGCCACCGAUUCAUCUACUGAGUCUCACGCUGAGCCGGUGGCUUCCGUGGAACACCAACCACAUGCAUCGUCUGCGGAGCUCCAAUCAACAAACGCUGUUCCAUUUUACUGGCCGGAAACUGGGCGCGGAAACGUCGUGCUAAGUGAAGCAGACUACAAGAAGAUGAUGGAUGGAGUGCUCGAUCAUUUCUACGACGCAGAUGAAAUUGUGACCAGCACCAAGUCUUAUAUCAAUCAGGUCGCCUCCCUGGCAGAUCAAUUGACUUGGGGCAAACGGGUCUCGGGUACCUGCAGUCCACAGGAUACGGCCAACCAAGCUGUGUCAACGAAUAAUCUCCUAGACAGCGGACUGGUUCGCAAACGGAAGAAGCUUGAAGGUGAUGAAGAAAAGAAGGAUGCCAAUGAGGCAAUUAUAGCACAGCCUAGUGGGACAGCUACCUCUGAGUCCACUACUGCGCAGCCAGCUGCCGUUAAUAUGCUCAGUGCAGGUUUGGUUCGGAAGAAGAAGAAGACAUGA